AUGAAGAUAACAUCCGUGCUCAGUACCGCAGUAUUGGUUUCGGCCGUGUUGGCGAAGUCCAACAUUGAACGCACUGAGACAGCUCCAAAAAUACAAGAGAAAAGAUCGUUUCUAGAUUCCCUUUUGGGGACAAGUUCAUCAUCGAGUAGUGACAAUCUGAGUGAUAAUAGCGACAAUUCGGAUGAUUCUGCCUCAGCUGAUACAUCAAGUUCUAGCUCAAGCCUGAUACAGAGUUCUAACUCUACAUCGAGCAGUUCCACAACAUUCUCCUCAUCAGAGACUGGUAGCUCAAUAAUUGGAGCGACAACUGGUUCAACUAAAGAAGUCAAUUUAUUUGAUCAGCAAGCAACUUCUUCGGAUUCGACAUCCAGCGAGGAAUCAGACUCCUCCUCAAGUGUCAAGACAUCUACUCAAAGCACGAAAGCACAUAAUUUGUUUGGAUUUGCUGAAACGACGUCAGAACUGGAAUCCAGUUCUAACAUUGCAAGUUCAACUGUGAGUUCUUCAUCGAAGAAGGCGAAUUUAUUUGGUUUUGAAGACUCUACGUCUGAUUUAAAUUCCAGUACUGCUGAUGGCAUUUCAUCUUCAACACUGGAUAUUGUUUCUGAGGAAACUUCAUCUAGUUACAGCGAUUAUUCAUCGUCACAACUGUCAUCUUCCAUUUCAACUAAAAAAGUAAAGGGUCUUUUCGCUUUCUUGGAGGGCACCUCUAGUUCAUCUGACCCAGGACCUUCCGACUCAAGUUUUUCGGCUUCCUAUGCUAGUUCACUGAGCCAAAAUACAGCAUCUAGCGUCUCUGAAUCUGAAGAUCCUUUUGAAAAUUUCUUCGGUAGUGAAACAAGCUCAUACUCCUCGUUAAUUACGGAAGCUCCUUCUAGCACAAUAAGCUCCGAGUUUGGAUUUGAAACAAGUUACCAAUCUAGCGAUUCUGGAGACCUGAGAUCCACGACAAAAAAGAAUGGAUUUUUUGCUUUGUUUGCUAAAGAAACUUCCUCAGAAGAUACAGAUAUACCAUCAUAUACAGAAAGCGAUUCUGAUAUCAACGCUUUUGAUGAUACACUUACCGCUAUUCCCACAGACUCAGAUUCAUCCGUACCUACUUCGAGUGGAGAAGAUGACGAUGAUUGUGACGAAACCGACACUGAUGUGCCGACUGCUGCUGACUCCGUUUCGAUACCAGACGUCACUGGCUUGGAUACUAUAACUGAUGUUUCAUCUUAUCCGACAGCAACCGAUGACGAUGAUGACUGUGAUGAAACAGGCACUGAGGACCCAACCGGUAUUGAAACAGAGUCAAUACCAGAAGUAACUGGCACAGAUGGUAUAACUGAUGUUCCAUCAUCCUAUCCAACAUCAUCUGAUGACGAUGAUGAUUGUGAAACUGAAACUGAAGAGCCAACGGACACUAGUACGGCAAUCACAUCAGGUGCCACAGGCUCGGGUGGUAUAACCAACGUACCAAGCUCUUCUCCAACAACAUCUGACGAUGAAGAUGACUGCGAAACUGAUUCAGAAAAUACAACAACUACUGGCACAUCUGUUACAACCAAUACAGGAGGUGGAGGCGCUAUUACCACCACUAAAUCCACUACAACUUCCACGUCCGAAGAUGACGAUGAUGAUGAAAGUUGUGAAGAGACGGAUACUGGCGUAAUCAAUACUGCUACAGUUACUAAUUAUUCAACAACAAAAGCCACAAUCACAGGAGGUUCAAGUAACACCAAGAGCCCAGGUUCUGGCACUGGUUCUUCUGGAUCAUCUUCAAAUGACUCAGAUGACGAUGACGAUGAUGAUGAUGAUUGUACAGAAAGCGAGGGUAGCACAAGCAGUCUGAAUGGAUCUGGAUCUGGAUCUUCAGGAUCUUCUGAAAGUGGCUCUUCAGGGUCUGGUUCUUCAGGGUCUGGUUCUUCAGGGUCUGGUUCUUCGGGUUCAGGGUCUUCAGGUUCAGGGUCUUCAGGAUCUACCUCAGUUGAUUGUAAUGAUGAUGACGAUGAUGAAGAUGAAAGUGGAUCUUCUUCAAGCGCCUCUGGAUCCUCCUCUGGAUCCUCGACGGGUUCAUCUGGUUCUUCUUCAGGUUCUGAAGAGUGUGAUGCUAGCUGUGAAUGUGAGGAAGAAGAUGAUUCCGAUGACGAUUGUGACUCAGAUGAUGAAGAUGAUGAAGAUUGUGAUGCUACUUGUGCUUGUACUGAGGAAUCCAGUACAACACUGACAGUCAUAGCUGUCUCCAAAACCACGUCAGCGACAGCUACAACGAACACAUAUGUUACAAUUGCAGGUGAUAAUAAGAUGAAUGGAAUCGCAUCAUCGAGCUCUAGUAGCUCUUCAACUCCUGAAGUCGAAACAUCUGAAAAUGCUGCAAGUAGAUCAUAUGUCUUUAGUAGCUUGCCACUUAUUCUCACUAUUGUUGCUAUCGCCAUAAUAUAG